AUGUUUUCUAUUCUUAUACUUGCACUUUUAUCAUGUGUUAAAGCACAAUCCUAUCAACAACAGCCAUUGUUGUACAACAAUUAUAAUCCAAGACCAUUUUAUCCUCCUCAAAACUAUCCAAGUGGAAAUCAAGUUCAACAGCAAAAUCAAGGAAGAGUUCGUGGAAGUCUUGUUAGCGAUGAUGCAUCUGUGCUACCACUUGGUUCGCAAAUAAUUGUAUCGUUGACAGAUGUUUCUCUACAAGAUGUGGCAUCGCGACCUUUAAAUACUCUUGUAUUAUAUGGAUCUUAUCGUUUUCCGAUAGCUUUUGAAAUUCCAUAUUCGAUGGCACAAGUACAAGCAAAUAGUAACAGUGUUCGUCAAUAUGCUAUUCAAGCGCGCAUUGAAAAAGAUGGCCAAUUACUCUAUACUAAUGAUCAAUAUACUCCAGUACAAUUGACACCAACACCAAUCAAUCCCAUUAAUAUAUUCAUGAAAAGAAUUAGUCUUUCGCCUUUUCCAGGAAAUGCUGGAACAUUUACGACUAGAGCACCCCUAGCAAAUAACAUGUAUAUCUGUCGACAGGCUCCUGAUAUUGGUCCUUGUAAAGCACACAUUGAACAAUAUUAUUUUAAUACUCAAUUGAAUUCAUGCCAAACUUUCAUCUGGGGUGGUUGUGGUGAUAAUCAAAAUCGUUUCAAUACUCGUUUGGAAUGUGAACGUACAUGUUUGUUCAAUCAACGGCGAAUGAUAAUGAAUAAUGGAAAACAACGAUGGCUUAAAUGA